AUGUCCUGGGAUCAAGUCACCUUUUCAUUAAGCCCUAGAUCAAAGGGCUGCUACUUAAUCACCAACGAAGUUUACGACAAGGUGCCUCAAAUCAAACAGUAUGAAGUAGGUAUUCUUAAUCUAUUUUUGCAACAUACAAGUGCUGGGUUGUCUCUAAAUGAAAAUUGCGACCCCGAUGUCAGAACUGAUAUGAAUAGCUCAUUGGAUAGAAUCGCGCCAGAGGGUGACUUUUACAUCCAUGCGGAUGAAGGAAGCGAUGAUAUGCCAGGCCACGUCAAGAGCUCCGUGGUGGGUGUUAGCUUGAGCAUUCCAAUCACAAAUGGGAAAUUGAAUACUGGAACAUGGCAAGGAGUUUACCUUUGCGAGUUUAGAAAUUAUAAACAUACUCGAAGAAUCGUUGCUACAAUCAAUGGAAAGAAAAAGUAA